AUGGGGACAUCAUAUGUGGAUGAAAUUCGAAGAAUUGUGAGCAAAGAAAAUAGAAAAUUCAACAUUUUGUUAGGAAGUAUAAUAUACGACAACAUAAAUGAUGAUAAAAUCUUUACUAUUAAUAAAGAACUCUUUAAUCUAGCUGCGGUAUCUGAGAAUGUCAGAUAUCUUGAAAUAAAUGUAAAAGUCAAGAGUAUUAAUAAUAAAUAUUUAGAGCUAAAAUUAUUAACAGAAAAUACAACUUGUGAUGUGCUUUGUCUAACAGAGACUUGGACCAAUGAAUUGAAAUUGGGCGUAAUGACUAUUGAAGGCUUUAUACUUGUAUCAUAUUACAAUAGGAUGCUAUUUGAACAUGGAGGUACAGCUAUUUUUGUUAGACACUCACUUGAAUAUAAAAUAAGACAUGACAUUGUAAAGUUGAGUAUUGAAAUGAAUUGUGAACUAGCGGCAAUUGAAGUAAAAUCGUCUAAAUUAGUUAUUAUUUGUGUAUAUAGACCUGAUUAUGAUUAUUUAAUAUUCGAAGAUAUUAUGACUAAAGUUAUCGAAAAAAUAGGGAGGGAAAACAAAAGAAUUGUAAUUGCAGGAGAUUUUAAUUUAAACCUAUUGAAACCAAAUAAUAAAGUAUCCAAAUUUUUAAAACUAUUGAGUGAAUUAAAAUGUAAAUUCGUCUUAAAUGAGCCAACCCGAACCAAAGGGAAGUCUUCCACAUGUAUUGAUAAUUUAAUUUUAAAUGACGAUGAUGAUUUUCAGUAUCACAGGGGUAAAGUAUUAGACGUAAAGUUAUCAGAUCAUAACGUCAUAGAAUUAAAGUAUAAAUUGAAUUCUAAAUAUCCUAAACCAAAGGAGAAGACUGUGAGGUUAGAUCUAGAAUAA